CACCCACCUCUCGGGAAGCCCACCCCCGUAGCUUACUCCACCCUUCCCUUCUUCUCCAUCUCACACUAUUAAUCACUGAGGGCAUCACAAUAACACCCUUAUAAACUUCAGAUAAGACACUUUCUUCACACCUUUACGAAUAAGCUGCAGUCAUGAAAUCACUCAUUUCGUAUUCCCUUCUUUCACUUGUGUCUGUCUCGCGGCUCACAGGUGCUAUCACGAUUCCUUCCCCCGAGCAGGAACGCGUCUUUGUUACUGGCAAGUCCAGGGAGAUUUCCACACAGGAAGCUCUGGAAAAAAGGUUAAUCCAUCUUAGCCCUACCGAGACCAAGUGGGUUACCGAGGAUGAGAAGCUUGAGCUUAAGAGGCAAGGAUUCAACUUCAUGGACAUUACCGACUAUCAACAUCUUGGAUACGAGAAUGCCUUUAGAACCGCGUCACAAAAGAAACCAGCUAUCGAGUACCCUCCCCAGCCUGGGCAGCAAAAGACGGUCAAGCCGCUCUUGGAGAAGCUUGAUAAGAAGACUAUGCAGAGCAACUUGGAGACGUUUACUUCUUUCUACACCCGCUAUGCUAAGUCGGACACUGGUCGUCAGUCGUCGGAGUGGUUGUUGAAGAGGAUCAAUGAGACUGCUCAUCUGCUGCCUUCUAUUGAGCUUAAGCCUUUCCCGCACACUUGGAUUCAGUCCUCCAUCAUCGCUAAGAUUCCCGGAAAGACUGAGAAGACUGUCGUCAUCGGCGCUCACCAGGACUCCAUCAACCUCUUCCUGCCGUCCAUCCUUGCUGCUCCCGGAGCUGAUGAUGAUGGUUCUGGAACUGUUACUAUUCUCGAGGCGUUUUGCGUUUUGGUCACACAUCUUGUUAAGACUGGCGAACAGUUGGAGAACACUGUUGAGUUUCACUGGUACUCUGCUGAGGAGCUCGGGUUGUGGGGAAGCCAGGCCAUUUUCAGCUCUUAUGAAAAGGAGGGACGCGAGGUUGUUGCCAUGUUGCAGCAGGAUAUGACUGGCUUUGUCAGGAAGACUCUCGACGCUGGGAAGCCUGAGAGCGUUGGUGUCAUCACCGAUUACGUCGACCCUGCCUUGACCGAGUUCAUCAAGAAGAUUAUCACUGAGUAUUGCGAUAUCCCGUAUGUCUUGACUCAGUGCGGAUAUGCUUGCUCCGAUCACGCUAGCGCUAGCAAGGCCGGGUACCCCAGUGCCUUCGUUAUUGAGAGUGCUUUCUCUGACUCUGAUAAUCACAUCCACACUACUGAGGACAAGAUCGAACAUCUUUCAUUCGAUCACAUGCUUCAACAUGCUAAGUUGACUUUGGGGUUGGCUUAUGAGUUGGGACAGGCUCAGUUUGGUGACAAGGGCGGAUACUCGGUUGAAUUGUAAUCAGCUUAUCCGCGAUAUUUAUUUCUGUGGCCAUUUGCGGUGGUUAUUGUGUACUUUUAGACCCGAGUUUCGAUAGAUAGGUGUUAUAUCUGUCUAGAUAUAAAGGAAUAUGAUUUGGAAACCCG